AAAUUUGCUAUCUUGGAAACAUCGAUGGGAGAAAUAGUCAUUGAAUUGUACUGGAAGCAUGCACCAAACACAUGUCGCAACUUUGCUGAGCUCGCGCGAAGAGGGUACUACAAUGGAACCAAAUUUCACAGGAUAAUCAGAGAUUUCAUGAUUCAAGGAGGUGACCCCACUGGCACAGGCAAAGGUGGGCAAUCUAUUUAUGGAAAACAUUUUGAUGAUGAAAUCCAUGAAGAUCUCAGACAUACAGGUGCUGGUAUACUAUCAAUGGCAAACUCUGGGCCUAACACAAAUGGAUCUCAGUUCUUCAUCACAUUGGCACCAACUCAGUGGCUUGACAAAAAACAUACAAUUUUCGGUAACUUGUUUAAUGAAAAUAUUUUGUGUAUAUUAUGUGUGUUCUUAAUUAAGUACCAUGAAUGAUAUGAAAGAGAACAA